GGCAAUUCAAAACCGACUGGAACCUAGAACAAUGAAAGAGAAAGGAUCUACUUUGGUGCCGUUUUUGGCCGACCGCCAGCGCUACAUCAUUUUGGCAAUUGGUACUUUGUGUAUUGCUGCAAUUGCCAGUAACAUGACAGUCAUCAACUUCACUAUGAUCUGUAUGGCGAAACCUGUGAAUUCAUCAGCACUCACCUCCAAUGUAGAAGCCGACAAUCUUGCAUACUCCAACAAACAGAAGUCGAUUAUUAUGUGGGCUGCUGCAGUCGGAACUCUUGCAGCUGCUUGGCCAUUCCAUUGGUUUUAUACCCAAUUUGGCGCUCGUAGUGUUUUCUUUGCUGCUGGAGUGGUUUCAACACUUUCAACCGCGGUUAUGCCGCUUGCCGCAGAGGUCCAUUUCAAUUUUCUCGUCGUUGCAAGAUUUUUCCAGGGUGUUAGUUUUGGAGCUGAUUUCGCUGCCAUCGGAUUGAUCGUUGUCAACUGGGCCAGUCUGAAACAGCAUGGAUUGUUCAUUUCACUGCUUUCCUCAUUCUCCCAGAUCUCUGUGAUGUUUACGAUGCCAGUAGCGGGUGAACUUUGCGAGUCUACAUGGGGAUGGCAAUCAGUUUAUUACGUUCAUGCUGUGCUCAGUGGAGUUCUUUUCACUGCGUGGUUGUACUUCUACAGAGAUAACCCGACAAAGCACCCACAAAUGACUGAAAUUGAGCUUGAGAAGAUCCACAGAGGUAAAGGAGAUGUUAAAGAGCACGAGAAGGCUCCAAUUGCGAAGAUUCUGACCAAUUCUGUAAUGCUCGCUGUGUGGCUAUCGGCUUUCGGAGAGCUCAUGAUGUCCCAGUUCAUUGUCAUGUACGGACCAACAUUCUUGAAAGAAGUCCUCGGAUUUGCUGUCAAUCACACCGGAUAUUUCGUCGCAGUACCACGUGCUCUGCAUCUAGCCUUCAAGAUCAUCUCUGGAGUUGCCAGUGAUCGUAUCCAGUUCUGGUCGGAAAAAACCAAGAUGAGAAUAUUCAACACAAUUGCUCUGAUGGUGUCUGGAGCAUUCUUCUGCAUUCUUGGAUACUUACCGAAAGAGCAAGCUCAUUUAUCGUUGGUGGCUCUUCUUGUAAUUGAAUGUUCCACCGGGUUCAUCUGUGGAGGAUUUUACAAGUGUGCCACAUUGGUCGCCAGACAACACUCUCACUUUGUGCUUUCUCAAAUCCAAUUUAUCAAGUGUCUGUCCCUAUUCAUCGAGCCUCUCCUCGUCUUCCUUAUCUGCAGUCACAACACCCUUGAGGAGUGGAGAAUCGUUUUCCUUACCCACGGAAUUCUUCUGAUCGUUGGAAAUAUCAUUUUCUGCUACUUUGCCACCGACGAGCCUGCAGACUUCACACGAUCAGCAACUGGAGAGGAAAUGACCGAUGUUCCUCCAGAAAGAAGAAGACUCACUGAAAACGAAGCCUAAAUUUGGAUAUCGGCGCGAACGACGGAUAUCACCUUCUCUAACACUCUCAUUUCUGGAUUCUCUUCUCUUUUGUUCUUUUGAUUUAAGUUCUUGUUUUUAUUUUUUGACAUUGCUUUGGGUACUUUAGCAUUCACUUCUAACUUUUUCAAAUGCUGAGAAAUGUUGUUUUGUUUUGUUUUAGAUUAAUUUCACUUGUUUCUCUUUUUUGAUUUAUAUUUUUAUUCUCUAAAAAUUGCACGGUUGUGAUAAUAAACACAUUUCUGUUUG